UGGAAAAUUAGCUAGCUAUUGUACUUUGGGAUAUGUGUUUUUGGGAGAAUUACGGAUUAAACAUGGAUAGCUGGCGAUACAAAAAUAUUUUCUGUUGACUGCUGCAAUUACAAAAGGAAUAUUUUUAACGGAAUAGCGACAAACCUCUCAGGAUUAAGGAAGGGUUCAUUAGCUCCUUACCAUGUUGAGUUUUCUCCGCCGGACUCUGGGCCGGCGAUCCAUCCGCAAGCACGCAGAGAAAGCAAGGCUCCGAGAGGCCCAAAGAGCCACCACACAUAUCCCUGCCGCUGGUGAUGCCAAAUCCAUUAUCACCUGUCGAGUUUCCCUGCUAGAUGGCACAGAUGUCAGUGUCGACCUGCCUAAAAAAGCCAAAGGUGAGGAGUUGUUUGACCAGAUCAUGUAUCAUCUGGACAUUGUAGAGAAGGACUACUUUGGACUUCGCUUCAUGGACUCUGCUCAAGUACCGCAUUGGCUGGAUGUUACAAAAAGCAUUAAAAAGCAAGUCAAAAUUGGGCCCCCGUAUUGCCUUCACAUGAGGGUCAAGUUCUAUUCCUCAGAACCCAACAACCUUCAUGAGGAGUUAACAAGAUACCUUUUUGUGCUGCAGCUGAAGCAAGAUAUCCUCAGUGGCAAGUUGGGGUGCCCAUUCAACACAGCUGUGGAGUUAGCAGCUUUCUCCCUACAGGCCGAGUUGGGCGACUGCGACCCUGCCGAGCACGGCUCUGACCUUGUCUCAGAAUUCCGCUUCAUCCCAGACCAGACAGAGGAGAUGGAGCUGGCCAUCUAUAACGCCUGGAAAGAGUGCAGAGGGCAGACUCCUGCUCAGGCUGAGAUAAACUACCUGAACAAAGCCAAGUGGCUGGAGAUGUAUGGAGUAGACAUGCAUAUGGUGAAGGCACGAGAUGGAAACGAAUACAGUUUAGGACUGACACCCACUGGAGUCCUGGUGUUUGAGGGGGAGACAAAAAUCGGCCUUUUUUUCUGGCCGAAGAUCACUCGCCUGGACUUUAAGAAAAACAAAUUGACUCUGGUAGUGGUGGAGGAUGACAAUCAGGUAAUGCAAGAGACAGAGGAGGGAAAGGAGCAGGAACACACCUUUGUGUUCCGUAUGGAUCACCCGAAGGCCUGCAAACACCUGUGGAAGUGUGCUGUGGAGCACCAUGCCUUCUUCCGUUUGCGGGGCCCCGUCCACAAGAGCUCCGCCCGCUCCGGAUUUAUCCGCAUGGGCUCCCGCUUCCGUUACAGUGGAAAAACUGAAUAUCAAACCACAAAGGCCAACAAAGCGAGGCGAUCGGCCUCAUUCGAGAGAAGACCAAGUCGGCGCUAUUCCAGAAGGACCAUGCAGAACAGGGGUCCAAACAAAAUGCCAGAACCACCCAACAAUGGACUAAGCACCAGCAAAGACACUAAGCCUGCUCAGUCUCGCCCCCCCUGGUCAGGGCUUCCCGUGGUGCCCGGUCCACCUUCAGUCCCUGGCCCCAUGGAAAUUGAAACCCUCCCUAGGAGCCCUGGUGGCAGCCAAUCGGAAAAGAGGAGCAUGCCGCUGGUGACUGACCUGCUGGAAACCUGCGUGGACGAAGUCAUCCGAGUACCUGUUACUAUGGCAACGGCAGGCCUAUCAGAGGAGGUGGGCCCCGGUGCUGCUCUUUCUGCUUCUAGUAUAGUCACAGAGGACAGCAUGUCUCUCACUGAUGCAGCUGCCAGAUUGAAGCAGCUGGAGAUUGAGAGUACCCUGGUCUCUGCUCCGCCCCGAGUCAACGUCAACAUGAACAACCAGGAGGAUGUGGUUAAGCUGACAGAGAAGUGUCUAAACAGCAUGAGUGGCAGCCCCUCCCUACCGCCACUCAAAGUCUCUGAGGAGAUGAAGAGCAAUAUUCUCAAAGCCCAGGCAGAGGCUGCUCUGAAGGGGACGAGAGAGGAGCUGGGUGCGACUGCAGAUAAGAACUGUAACCUGCAGGAGACGGCCACCAGGCUGAAGGGGCGUGGUGGACGAAUGGGCAGCACCUCCUCCUUGACAGUGGGGAGUGGGAGGCCAGAGCGGCAAGAGUCCUGGGACUUGGUGAAACCAGGCUUGCUCCCCUGCUCCACCAGCAGCCUUGAAGUGAAGCCGGAAGACCACAUCACCUCUGCACCCUCACUGUCUGCUGAGCCAGUCACUGAGGUUGUGCUCACACAGGGCAAUACAGAGGAGCAGGAGCCAGUGGGAGCCCCUGUGAGCGAUAAUCUGAUAGACUUCACAGACCCCACCCCAGUAGCGCAGCCAAAACCUAUGAUAACACCUAGAUGGAUCAUUCCAACAACUACACCUGGUACCUUUUCUAACGGCCUCCUAGACCUUAAUGCUACAGUGAAGAUAGCACCUCUCCAUCCUGAGGGGGGUGUUCUCGCCACACAACCUCAUCUCCCUCACACUCACAAUGUGAUGACCACCAGUAUUGUGGCUAAUCCACCCAAGGAAGACAACCCCAAGCCCAAAGGUUUGCUGACCACUGAACUUUGAAAGCUGGAGGCACAACAUGGG